UCAGGCUCCUGUGGACUUCUGAAUUCUUUCGUAAAACUUUAACUUAUGGAAUAGCAUUAAGUAAACAACAUGGCGAUCACGGUGAAUAGCAGGUGAAACAAUGUUUUCUCAGUAAAUCAAUAUCGCAACUAUGAGAAAAGUUAUAAGCUAAUUUUGUAAUAACAAAUAUGUAGCAUAAGUACUUAAUGCUUUCAAGUCUGUCGAGUGACGUCAGUUGAUUAAGAAAAUAGCUAAUAUAAUGGCUGAUGAAAAGGUUUUAUAUCGUUUAGACCAACCACAUGGACCGGGCAAUGUGUACGUUGCAUGGAGAUCCAAUAAUAGUACACACUUAGCUACAACAGGCUGUGAUUCAACCGUUGCCAUUUUUAAUAGACAAGGAGAAAUGCAAGAAUGCAUUCAACUUCCUGGGUUAUGUACAGGAUUCGGGUGGGAUGCAGAUGGAGAUCUUUUGGCAAUCAUAUCGAGUAAUUCAUCCAGUAUAAUACUAUGGGAUGCAACGACAGGAAAGAAAUCUCAAGUUGAUGCAGGAGUGAGAGAUGCACUUACAUGUAUGAUGUGGGCUAAAAGAAAUUGCAUAUUAGCAGUUGGUACUCAGAAGGGAAACUUGGCCUUCUAUGAUCAUAAUAAUUCAAGACGCAUUCCAAUUUUGGGGAAACACAAAAAACGCAUAUUGUGUGGUGCUUGGUCAAUGGAAGGAUUACUUGCAUUAGCAAGUGAAGAUAAGGUUUUAACAAUAAGUACAAGCGAUGGAGAUACACGUAGAGAAAUACCACUGCAAGGGGAUCCUUCAGAUGUACAGUUUAGUGAAAUGAAAAUGGAUCAUCGCAUUGGUGGUGAAAACACUGUAUCUCUCAUUGUGAGCAAAACAACAUUAUUUUUAUAUAACGUUCUGGACCCAGACAAUCCCAUUGAAUUAGCCUUUCAAAAACGUUAUGGACCGAUUGUUACUUACAAAUGGUAUGGAGAUGGAUACAUAUUAGUUGGUUUUGAGGCAGGGUAUUUUAUUGCCAUAUCAACUCACAUUAAAGAAGUGGGCCAAGAAUUGUUUCAAUUAAAAAACCAUAGAGAUUCAUUAAGCCAUAUAGCAUUAAGUCCGGUCACAGGCAAAGUAGCAACUUGUGGAGAUAACACAUUGAAAGUUCACCAUCUUCAAAAUUUAGAAGAAACUGAUAAAAUAAUAACGAUAUCAGGAGAAACGGGAAUUAGCCAGAUUGAAUGGUCAGCAGAUGGAUCGAUGAUAGCAGCAGUUACUUACAGUGGAAAUGUUUUAGUUUACCUCAUGCAAAUACCUGAAUUAAUCAGCGUAUGCGGAAAUCGAAUAGCACAUUUAACAAGUUUAACUGAAGUUGUAGUGCAUUUAUAUACUCUAAAUAAGAAUAAAACAAACCCACAAAUCAUCAAUACAAUUAUAGAGCCAUCUGUUCUAGCAGUAGGACCAACGCAUCUAGCAGUUGCUUUAAAUAAUCGAGCAUUGUUUUGGGACUUGACAGUUGAGCAGUACAACAUAUCAAUGCAUUUCGAACGUGACUAUUUAGCAACGGUGGACAGUAUACGUUUAAACGAAGUCUAUGUGUCGGUUUUAUUCGAUGGGAAAUUACAACUGCAAUCGAUUAAAACUGAACAAACUUUAAUCAACAGUGGAAAAGAGUCAAAGAUGUUUCCUGAUUCUAACGUUUCAGAUGUUAAGAUCACAUGCCAUGCACUAUCUCCAGACUUCUUGGUUUUUGGUAACGAUAUGGGUCGAAUCAUUUAUUUUUCUCUUGAGGGCUUUAACAACUCCACAGAAUUCUCUCAUAAUACUGGAAUAAGAGAGCUCUUUUUAGACGCAAACGGAACACAGCUGUGCUUCAUAGAUGACAAGUCCGACGUUUACGUAUACGACCCAAUAAAUGAAAAUACUUUUCAAGUACCAGAUUGUCCGGAUUCGAUCGAAGGCAUCAUUUGGGAUCAAAAUUUGUUUGAACGUGCAAUAUUUGGAGUGUACAACAAGAACGUCAUUGUAUCCUAUAUUUUUGUGAAGCAUUGCGUUGAUGGUGUGAAGGUGAUCAAAAUUAGCACAACAAAAUUACCUUCAGAAACGAUACCAACGCUAAUGUAUUCAGGUGAAUUAACUUUAAGUACAGUUGGAAGUAAAUUAACGCAGAUCGUUUUAUCGUCACACGAAGAUGUGGGUAAUGCCGUGGAAAUUAAGCGGAUAGAUGAAAUCUUUAAUAAUCAAAUCACAUGCAGAAGAUUUCAACAGGCAUGGGACACGUGUGAGAAACUCAAUGAAAAAGAAUAUUGGUUGAAAUUGGGUAAAAGUGCUAUGUCAAAUUUAAAUAUAGACCUGGGUAUUCGUGUCUAUCAGCACAUACAAGACGCAUCUAUGGUGUGGGCAUUACAGAAAUUAAAUAACGUGGAUGAACUAGCACUGCUCUCCGGUCACAUAUGUACUUUACUUGGUGAUUACGAUCAAGCAGAAAAAUUUUUCCUACAAUCUUCACAACCCGUCGAAGCACUAUAUCUGAGAAGAGACUUAAUGCAAUGGGAGCAGGCAUUGAGUUUAGCACAAAAAUUAAAGCCUGAAGAAAUACCAUUUAUUGCCAGAGAAUAUGCACAGCAAUUAGAAUUCACUGGCAACUACCCGAAAGCUCUGGUAAAUUACGAAAGAGGUCUAGUGGAUUGUGGUGCCCAUAUAAAUUCAAGUUCACAAUAUUUAAAUCAUCGAACUCAAUGUCUUGCUGGAAUUGCAAGGAUGUCUAUUAGAUGUGGCGAUAGUAGACGAGGUGUUGGCAUAGCCAUGGAUAAUGACAGUCCACGAUCACUGCGAAAGGAAUGCGCCGAAAUCCUAGAAUCUAUGAAGCAAUUUAGUGAAGCUGCAAUAUUGUAUGAAAAGGCGGAAUAUUUUGAGAAAGCAGCAUCGGCAUAUAUAAAACUGAAAAAUUGGUACAAAGUUGGGCAACUUUUACCACAAGUUUUAUCGCCUAAAAUUAAUAUACAGUACGCCAAAGCAAAAGAAGCCGAUGGAAAAUAUGAGGAGGCCGCUGCAGCGUAUGAAACUGCUAAAGAUUAUGAUAAUAUUAUCAGGAUUAAUCUUGAGCAUUUAAACAAUCCAGCCCGAAGUGUUGAAGUAGUGCAGCAAACAAAGAGUAUUGAAGGGGCUAAAAUGGUUGCAAGAUAUUUCCAAAAAAUGAAUGACUAUAAUUCGGCCAUUAAAUUUUUAAUUUUGUCAAACUGUCACGAUGAAGCAUUUCAACUCGCAAAUCAGCAUAGCAAAAUGGAAUUAUAUGGGGAAAUUCUGGUAAACACCCUUGACGACGAUAAUGUUAGAAAGGAAGACUUCAAGAGCCUUGCCAUUUAUUUUGAAUCACAAAAAAAUAGCCUUUUAGCGGGGAAAUAUUACUUCCAUGCUAAAGAAUUUCAGAAGGCUUUGAAGCAUUUAUUAAAAGCUGCACAAUUGGCUGCAGACGACGAUAAUGCUUUGACUUUGGCUAUUGACACAGUUGCGUCAUCAAAAGACGACAAACUUGCUAAUCAAUUGAUAGACUUUUUAUUGGGAGGAGAUGGUUUACCUAAGGAUCCCAAGUACCUGUUUCGAUUGUAUAUGGCCAGAAAGCAAUAUAAAGAGGCAGCAAAAACAGCAAUAAUAAUAGCUAACGAGGAGCAAAUUAAUGGAAAUUAUAGGAAUGCUCAUGAUGUCUUAUUUGGCAUGUAUCAAGAGUUGAAAAGAAAUAAAAUCAACAUACCCUUGGAAAUGCAAAACAAUCUAAGACUUUUGCACUCUUACAUUUUGGUACGGUUACAUGUAAAAAGGAAUGAUCACCUACGGAGUGCAAGGAUGCUAAUAAGGGUUGCUAACAAUAUUUCCAAAUUUCCAUCCCAUAUAGUUCCAAUUCUAACAUCGACAGUUAUAGAAUGUCAUCGAGCUGGGUUAAAGCAUGCUGCGUUCAAUUUCGCAGCAAUGCUUAUGCGUCCUGAAUACAGAUUACAAAUUGAUGCAAAAUAUAGUAAAAAAAUUGAAGCAAUUGUACGAAAACCACCGAAAUCCAAAGAUCCUGAAAUAGAGGACGAACCUUUGACACCUUGUCCUUAUUGCAAAAAUAAAGUUCCUGAAACGGAAAUAAUGUGUGAUAAAUGCAAGAAUACAAUACCAUUUUGUAUUGCAACGGGCCGACACAUCAUUGAAGAUGACUUCACAGUCUGUCCAAAAUGUGAAUUUCCUGCGAUAAGAUCAGAGUUUUUGCGUAUCAUUGAAACAGAAGAUACUUGUCCAAUGUGUUCGGAACGAGUAGAUCCAGCAGUGGUAUCUUCUGAAAUUAAUAUCCGUCCAUAUCUUGAUAUCCAAGAUGAAAGAAAAAUAAGAUUCUAAUUAUACAUAGUUCAGUGUAUCAUAUUUGGUUAAGCCAGUUUUAACGAAUGACCCGAAUGGAUUAAAUUAAAAGAAACGACACUUGUAAUCUUAGCGGAUCAAGAUUUGAGUGAAUAAUUGAUAAGUUGACUAGUGCAUAUCAAUAUUUAUUUUAUUUAUUUGUUACCACACAAAAUCAAACACUUCUUUAAUGUAUAAAAACCAAAAUAAUGAGAAUUGAUCUAAUAAUGUGAAAAACUGUACCAUAUGUUAAUUUGUAAAAGACUUUCAGUUGGUUUAUCUAUCGACCACAAAGACAACAUGUGAUACACGAAAAUAGAUAUAAACUCUUGUACAUACACGAUAGAAAGUAUUAGAUUUUUCCUAUUGUUUUAAUGUGUUGUUUGAGUAAAAUGCCAACACGAUACCUUUAAUGUUAGCAACUUAAAUAAUCAAUUGCUUUCCGUGUGCGUAUCACUUUAACUAAUUUAAAUCUACACUUCCGUCCAAGGACAGUACCGAUGUUUAAGUACAAUUGAACAUAUGCUCUAGUAUAAGUAUACACAUAUUGGUUUUGAUGCUGUGCUUUGAAAAAAUAACAUGUAAAAAGGACUGUACAUCUGAAAUUUGUUAUCAAAAGACAAAUAAAACCAUGAACACUGCAAUUGUUAUUCCCAUGAA